CUGAUUUGCAAAACACUGUUCGGCUGUUGGCGACUGAGGCGUUUACCUGGAAUUUACCUGGAACCUAAUUUGGUCGAACCUGGACGCGAUAACGGAUUAAAUCGACGGUGAAAUUAUUAACAAGCGGAUUUUAUCAAAGGCUAUAAUUUAUUUCCCACCCCCCCAAAUAGUCAAGACUAUUUUUAAUGUAUUGCUUGAGUUUCGGCCACAACAUCCCAGAAGAAGAGGAGGGGGGGUAGAUUUAACGAUUUUUUUUUUUAAACCUUUUUUUCGUCGUUUAAAAGUUUUCAGAUAUUUUUUUGUUCUGGUUCAGUGGUCGUUGAAAUAAUUUUAGUGCCGCCACUUAGUUGCUGAAAUGUUACCAAAAGUCCUGUUUCCUGCCUUUUUAUGGUGCCUUACAGGUGUAGUCGUGACCUACGCCCAACAAUGUGGCCGACCUCGGGUGUUGGAGGACAGGAUAGUUGGAGGGAUGGCCGCCACAGAGGGGGCUUGGCCGUGGCAGGUGGAUGUGACUAAACAGUCAGGCACUAGUCGUCACAUCUGCGGAGGCUCCAUCAUCGCAGAGAACUGGGUCCUAUCUGCAGCCCACUGUUUCCCCAAUCCAUCAGAUUUGAGCUCAUACAUCAUCUAUGCCGGCCGGUACCAGCUGAACGGCUACAACGCUCACGAGACGGCCCAUCGCGUGAGACAGGUGGUGAUUCCGUACGGUUACGUCGAGCCUCACGGCGGGAAGGAUUUGGCGCUGGUUGAGCUGUCCACCCCUGUCACCUGGUCAGAUCAUGUCCAGCCUGUGUGCUUACCUGCAUCUGGCACCCUGUUCCCAGGUGGCAUUAAGUGCACCGUCACCGGCUGGGGGAACAUCCGGGAUGAUGUCCCUCUGGGUGGAAUUGGAACUCUGCAGGAGGUGGAGGUGCCGAUCAUCUCUCAGAGCUCAUGUCAGGAGAUGUACCAGAUGCAUCCGACAGAGCCGGUGGACAUCCUGCAUGACAUGAUCUGUGCUGGAUUCCAGAAGGGUGGCAAGGACUCCUGCCAGGGGGAUUCAGGAGGGCCGCUUGUCUGCCAGAUGGUGAACGGGACCUGGGUGCAGGCCGGGGUGGUGAGCUUUGGACUGGGCUGUGCUCACGCAAACCAGCCCGGUGUGUAUGCCAGAGUGACCAGCUACUCCAGCUUCAUUAGCGACACGAUACCAGAGAUCAGGCUGUACGGCCGAGCGGAUCAGAACUGGGGCGGGAGCGCUGCUGUGUUCAUCAGCUGUCUGUCCACUCUGCUGAUUGAGCUUCAGAGAUGAGACGACGUAAACGCUGUAAAUCUGGGAGGUAGAUCACGCACCAGGCCAAAUGAAGGAACAGAUGAAUUAUGUUUGACUUAAGUCCAAAGAUUUAAUUUCUUGAAUAGACAAACUCAUAAAACUAUACCUGAGAUGCACAUGGAGUCAUGAUGAACAUAAACAGUAAUAUAACCUUUAAUUUUAGACCUAUAACGAUGUAUUAUGAUCUUUGAUUCAGAGUACCUUUGAUAGGUUUGUAUUUUAAAUCAGAAUUAUGAGCUGAAUAAAUGAUGUGUUCUUAUUUGAAAUAAAUUGUUAAUUUGA